CGCGCCGGGGGGAGGAGCGGGAGUUCCGCCUGCCGGGCCGGGGAGCGGCGGCAUGUGAGCGCGGGCCGCAGCCGGGAGCGCGGCGAUGGGGCAGCAGGUGGGCCGCGUCGGGGAGCCGGGCGCCGGACUCCAGCACCAGUCGCCGCCUCAGCAGCAGCAGCAGCCGCGGGGACUGCGGGGAAGCAGCGCGGCCAGGCCGGCGGGCCGCCGGCGGGAGGCGACCGGGCGCACCGCCGAGGGAGGCUUCAAUAUCUUCACCCAGCACGAGGCCCUGCACCGCCCCUACGGUUGUGAUGUUGAACCCCAGGCACUGAAUGAAGCCAUCAGAUGGAGCUCCAAGGAGAACCUGCUUGGAGCCACCGAGAGCGAUCCCAAUCUCUUUGUUGCACUUUACGAUUUUGUAGCAAGCGGUGACAACACGCUCAGCAUCACCAAAGGUGAGAAGUUGCGAGUCCUGGGUUACAACCAGAACGGUGAAUGGAGUGAGGUACGUUCGAAGAAUGGGCAGGGCUGGGUACCAAGCAACUACAUCACACCAGUGAACAGCCUGGAAAAGCAUUCAUGGUACCAUGGGCCAGUGUCACGCAGUGCAGCAGAGUAUCUGUUGAGCAGUCUCAUCAAUGGCAGCUUCCUGGUUCGUGAAAGCGAGAGCAGCCCAGGGCAGCUAUCCAUCUCGCUCAGGUACGAAGGACGUGUUUACCACUACAGGAUCAAUACCACCUCAGAUGGAAAGGUGUAUGUGACAGCAGAAAGCCGUUUCAGCACACUAGCAGAGCUGGUGCACCAUCACUCAACAGUAGCAGAUGGACUGGUGACAACUUUGCAUUACCCAGCACCCAAGUGCAAUAAGCCCACUGUGUAUGGAGUGUCCCCCAUCCACGACAAGUGGGAGAUGGAGCGGACUGAUAUCACCAUGAAGCACAAACUUGGGGGAGGGCAGUAUGGCGAGGUGUACGUUGGUGUCUGGAAGAAAUACAAUCUCACGGUUGCUGUGAAAACAUUAAAGGAAGAUACCAUGGAGGUGGAAGAGUUCUUGAAAGAAGCUGCUGUGAUGAAGGAGAUCAAGCACCCAAAUCUAGUGCAGUUGUUAGGUGUAUGUACCCUGGAGCCACCCUUUUACAUUGUGACAGAGUACAUGCCCUAUGGGAACCUGCUAGACUAUUUACGGGAAUGCAACCGGGAGGAAGUGAGUGCUGUUGUGCUACUCUACAUGGCCACUCAGAUCUCUUCUGCUAUGGAGUACCUUGAGAAGAAGAACUUCAUUCACAGGGACCUGGCAGCACGGAACUGCUUAGUUGGAGAAAAUCAUGUGGUGAAGGUGGCUGACUUUGGCUUAAGUCGACUUAUGACUGGAGACACCUACACAGCUCAUGCUGGAGCCAAGUUCCCAAUCAAAUGGACGGCUCCCGAGAGCCUGGCCUAUAACACCUUUUCAAUCAAAUCAGAUGUGUGGGCCUUUGGGGUGCUGUUGUGGGAGAUUGCUACCUAUGGGAUGUCACCAUACCCAGGCAUUGACCUCUCUCAGGUAUAUGAUCUGCUGGAAAAGGGCUAUCGGAUGGAACAACCGGAGGGGUGCCCUCCAAAGGUUUAUGAACUGAUGAGGGCAUGUUGGAAGUGGAACCCACCAGACCGACCUUCCUUUGCUGAGACCCACCAGGCCUUUGAAACCAUGUUCCAUGACUCGAGCAUCUCAGAGGAGGUAGCAGAGGAGCUUGGAAGAACAGCCUCCUCCUCUUCCAUAGUUCCUUACUUGCCCCGGUUACCAAUGCUUCCCUCCAAGACCAGAACACUGAAGAAACAGGCAGAGAACAAGGAGAACAUUGAAGGAACACAAGAUACUGUGGAGCACUCAGCCUCCAGCUCAGCACCAGGUUUUAUCAGAAGCACACAGCCACCAAGUGGGUCUCCCGCUCUGCCUCGCAAGCAGAGGGACAAGUCACCCAGCAGCCUGUUGGAGGAUGCCAAAGAGACCACUUUCACCAGGGACAGAAAAGGUGGCUUCUUCAGCUCCUUUAUGAAGAAGAGGAAUGCUCCUACACCUCCCAAGCGCAGCAGUUCCUUCCGGGAGAUGGAGAAUCAGCCCCAUAAGAAAUACGAGCUGACGGGUAACUUUUCAUCUGUUGCUUCCUUGCAGCAUGUGGAUGGGUUCUCUUUUGCUCCCACGCAGCAGGACGCAAGCCUGGCGCCACCCAAGUGCUAUGGCGGGGGCUUUGUGCAGAGGACCUUCUACAACGAUGAUGGCACUGGUACCAGCAGUGGUGGGGGAGUAAGCACUGGUGGUGGGUGGUCGGGCAUCACUGGUUUCUUUACACCACGCUUGAUUAAAAAGACACUGGGUUUACGAGCGGGAAAACCCACUGGCAAUGAAGAAGCUUCAAAGCCUUUUCCAAGGUCAAACUCUACAUCUUCCAUGUCCUCAGGGCUUCCAGAGCAGGAUAGGAUGGCAAUGACCCUUCCCAGAAAUUCCCAGAGAUCAAAAAUCCAGCUGGAACGGACAGUGUCCACCUCCUCUCAGCCCGAUGAGAGCACAGGGAGGGCCAAUGACCUGCUUCCCAAAAGGUUUGAAGAAGGCCCUGCUUUGACCAGAGAGAGACCAAAAGCAAAACUCUUGCCGAGGGGUGCCACAGCACUCCCUUUCCGAACCCCCUCUGGAUUGGAAGAAAAGGAGGGUCCAGGCCUAGCAGCAGCUCCUAAGGGCAAAGAAAAAAACAGCGUCCCACGGCAAGGUGCCCUUGAGGAUGGCGAGAGGCCAGGGUGGUCAUCUCCAGUAAAGGCUGCAGCAAUACUUCCAACCACUCAUAACCACAAAGUGCCAGUCCUAAUCUCACCCACUCUAAAACACUCUCCAGCAGACGUGCAGCUCAUUGGCACAGACUCUCAGGGUAAUAAAUUUAAGCUCUUAUCUGAGCAUCAGGUCACUUCUUCUGGCGACAGGGACCGGCCCAGACGGGUAAAACCAAAGUGUGCUCCACCUCCACCACCAGUGAUGAGGCUCCUCCAACAGCCAGCUGCCUGCUCAGACGCAGCAGAAGAGCUGAGCAAUGUGGCGGGAGCGCAGCACGGACUGGAAUCAGGCGAAGGGAGUAAGAAGGCAGCAGCGGCAGCACCUGUUGGUGGAAAAUCUGGGAGGCCCGUGAUGCCUCCACCUCAAGUGCCUCUGUCAUCGUCUUCCACUUCCCCAGUAAAAAUGGCCAACGGCACGGCCGGCGCAAAAGUAGCGCUAAGAAAGACCAAACAGGCAGCUGAGAAAAUCUCCGCGGACAAAAUCAGCAAGGAAGCACUGCUGGAGUGCGCAGAUCUUCUCUCGAGUGCCAUCGCCGAGCCGACACCAAACAGCCAGCUGGUGGACACAGGGCACCAGCUGUUGGAUUACUGCUCAGGCUAUGUGGACUGCAUCCCGCAUACACGCAACAAAUUUGCCUUCCGGGAAGCCGUGAGCAAACUGGAACUCAGCCUGCAGGAACUGCAGGUGUCCUCAACAGCUGCUAGUGUCCCUGGGGCAAACCCCGUCCUUAAUAACUUAUUGUCAUGUGUCCAAGAAAUCAGCGAUGUGGUGCAAAGGUAGCUACUGUCAAAUCGGGGUAAGAGAAAUACACACCGGGGGGGGGAGGGCGGGGGGGGGAGACAGGGACACUUUUUUCCUGUACUGAUGCUUUCAAAAGGAAAGACUGAUACUUGAGUAUGUGAAGUACCUCACAUCACUGAGUUCUCCUCACGUUUACAGGUUCAUCUCAAAAAAUGGGGAUGGAGAGGGUAGGUUAAAGCUGUAAGGGGCAGAACAUCAAGUAUUUGUCCCUACCUAGUCAGUCUGAGCUGCUUGGUAUGGCAAGGAAAGGCAGUUCCUUGCUCCUCCCUUGGAGAGGCAGGAGAAUCAAUGGCAGGUUCUCGCUCUGGGAAGGAUGGUUUGAUGUGUGAUAGCUGGAGUACUGGAGUGGCUGCAGGCCACUCGGCUGUACGGAUCCUCCCCUGUCUGCACUAACGCAUGCUUUGGCCUCCUGACAAGGCAGAGGAAAGGCACUGGGGCUCCGUUAGUACCAACUGCCAAGCAGUCCAAGCUGGAGUAGCUCUGAAGGGGGAGGUCGCGUGCGGUUGGGGGAAAGGUCUAAUGCACUGACAGUAUUCAGAGCUGCUGGAGGUGGAUGCACUAGCCCAGAUGGCUUACUUCCACAGCGCUGUUGCUGCUGUAAUGAGAACUGCAAAAUUAGUUAAUAUAUGAAACUAUCCCUUUUCCCUCCUGUCCUCCUCAUCCACCAUGCGUUCUCAUCUUCAUUGUCUUGGAAGCAUCAGGGAUGCUGGGCAGACUUACCACUGGAAUCCCCCCUUCCCCACCACACCGCCUUCACUCAGUUGAUACCUAUUUCUAGUGGUCUAGCACAGGUGCUGCUCGAUGGUCUUUUGUGAGUAGUUUGGAGCUGUUGCACAACUUGCCAAUGUUGUUAUUGGGGUGGGUGGGUUGUUUGGUUGGUUUUUGUUUUAAAGCUCUAGAUUGUUUUUCACUCAUUACCAGGUUGACUCCCCAAUUCAGUUUCAUCUCCUUGAGGACCCAUGGUAGGUAAGGCAGAGUCUCCACCAGCCCUGGCUGCUCUCCACAUUCCUUUAGCAGUCACAGCACUGUGGGGCCAGCUGGAGAGCCAGAAAGUACAGCCUGGCCUGCCCACCAUGUGCCUCGCUGCUGCAGGAUUCCCUGGACCAGUCCCUAGUCCUGGCAUAACAGUAACACAUCAUGCUGACGGCUUCCUGGGAUUUUUCUAGUGCUUACCUGUCUUGCAGGCUUUCAGCUUUCUUGCGUACAAAGGUGACUAGGUAUGUCAGCACAUGGAGAAUCAUAGCCAUCUUUUUUUUUUUUUUUUUUUUAACUUAUUCCUCUCUUUUAAAGGCUAGACCAGAAGCUCAUGCUGUGGUGUAGGGAACAUGCACAUAUACUGCGCGCUCGUCUGCCUAAGACGUGACAAAAGUGUUACGGCUCUGCCUCAGAGACCUCCCGCUGUGUUAUGGUCUCCGUCUGGUGCCUACUGACAAUCCCAGAAUGAAAGCAAUUGCAUGGUUGAAGCUGUCUUCCUUGGUCCUAGUGCUGUUUGUAGACUGUUGUGGCCUCAAAAAGCCAGUCAUCUGCGUAUACGCACAACUCCCUGAGAUGUACUGGCAAGUUGGAAGACCUCAACUAACUGUUGGUUUGAGAGAGGAAGAAAACAGUCCUGAUACCUGGCUCCAAAUACACAUUACCCUGCAUGCUGCUGCUCACUUCACACUAUUAGUGAUGAUAGAGGAUCUGGCUUGCUUUGCACCUUAAAUUUUUUAUUUUUGGCUAAAAUGCUUUUUUUAACUUGUUUUUUAAAGCGUGACUGCGCUGCUUUUAGUUCGAGCAUUUAGAGUUGAGCUGGGGCACAGGUGUGAAUUUAGAAGAUGGGCACUUCCAUUUCUGUCUAGAAGCAUUGCCCUGUUGGCGCUUGGAAGUAGGCUGGGCUGUCUCGGUGAGCUUCCCUGGUUUUUUUCCACGAAGCAUAGCGAGACAGCGGCCUGAAAAAUCUUUAGAAAUGGGCUGGUGUCUGAGAAUCCUCAUUUUACUACUGGUCUGUGGUAAACAAAGUUGUGUCACGAUGCAUGAAUGCGCACCAGUAGAGCAGUACGUGAGGUAAAAUGGACCACGUGAGCUACACUGUCCAAGUAAGUGAAAUGGUGAAUAAAAAAGCAACCCCCCUCCACCCUAACUGAUAGGCAUUGAAGUGAAUUAAUUAUUCCUAUGAGUCAGUUUUACUCCAGUGAGCUAAGUGGAGACAAAUGAAAGUACAGCGUGGGUUACUCAUCCUGACUUAGCAGGACCAAGCCCACCCAACAAAGCCUGCUGUCUAGUUCUGCGAUAGGAUUUUCGGCUCUCCUGCAGCCCUUUUUCAGCCAUAAGGCAGCGUACCAAAUCGUUAUCUUGUAGACUUUACUGAGGGCUUUUGCGGUUUACCUUAUCUCUUUUGGUCAUCUUUAUUGAAGGUGUGCAUCAUUGCACACCAAACUAACCCGCCUUUGGAAAAGUGACCUGCAGAAGGAAGAAGAGGCGGCUUGUGAUACUGCUUCACACAGCUUUUUAAACAAUCACAAGGGUUAAAAAAGUAUGGGAGCUUUCUUUGGGGCAGAAAGGCAGGUCUUGUUUGCCCUGGCAGACAAUCGCAUGGUUUCAUCAUUGUACUCCUACGCAGCCUAGGACAAACGGACUGAAACUGAAGUGAUUCUCAGGGGAAAGGUAGUAUAACCAGAAAAUUUUAAGGCUGUUAGUCCGGUUCUGAUGAGUAUUUUGAAAGAAGCCUUUUUUUUCCCUCCCUGAAUACCAGUCUUCCAGAAAAGCUCCAGCAAAAGUGAUAGAAUGGCCAACAAUUCUUGGAAUUUCUAACUAUUAAAACUCCCCUCUUUCAACCCUUCCUGAAGAAACUAACCAUGCCCCAACAAAGGACUGGUUUCUUCUCCCUCCUGGCAGAGGUGAUGGGCAGUAACUGUCAAAGCAGCCAUCUGCUUUUAGAGUCACAGAAUGGCCAAGGCUGGAAGGGACCCGUGGAAGCCAUCUGCUCCAUCCCCCUGCUCAAGCAGGGCCACCUCCAGCCACUGCCCAGGACCACAUCCCGGGCUUUUUUAGUAUCUCCAAGGAUGGAGACUCCACAACCUCUGCGGGCAGCACAGAAGCCUGUUCCAUUCUGAUCCCUCCAGUGGAGGGAAAACGUGGGACAGUGGAAGUCGGGGAUUUGCCUGUCAUCACUCCUAUGGCGAGCGUUUUCUUUGCUUACCUAUUGUCUUCCAUCAGGUAGGUAGAUGGUGGCAGAGGUAGUGCUGACUCGACACUAGGGUUUUUUCCCCUAAAUAGGAAGCUGCAGAAUUGCUGCUGCUUCUGCUGCCCAACAGUGAUUCCCAAGCUGGAAUUCUCCCCUGCCCUCUCCCAGGAUAGCAAAAGAAAGGUAUCUGGGAAAGCUGGUUCUGCUGUAAAUCACCGUUAGGUUGUUCUUCCUGCCACAGCUGCUCUCCUGAAAUUGUUACCAUUCCUUCUCCAUUUUGCUAGGUUUGACUUUCUGUUCAGCCUUAAAGGUCUCUGCAGGAGCAGCUUCUCUGCUCUCAGCCUUGCACAGUGUGUUCAAAGUAACCUAAGGAUGGAGAAGCCCUGUUCCUGGUCCCAGUGAAGAGCACUUCUUGCUCCACUGUUCAGGGUAGGGGACAAGGCACAAACUCCUGUUGUGUUUCCUUUCCUCACCCUGUCAGAAGGCCUUGUGGAGUAAAGAUGCGAUUGCAGCCGGGCUCUCUCACUUGCACUAGUAUGGGCUAGGCUUUAAAGUAGUCUUUGCAACAGGGGAUGGCAUCACGUAGGGCCUGGUAACGCCAAGCACAAAGCAUGUGCUCACACCAGUGGGUUGCCGUGGGGCACUUUCUCUCCCUCGCUACUGUGGGCAAUUAGCCGACUCACAGGUGCAAUUCUCCUUUCUUCCUGCACUGUACACUGUUGGAACCCCAGAAGUGGUGCACUCAGCUGUCUGACUGGCAGCGCUUUGAUUUAAUCCUGUUUUUCAUUAGUGCGGACAGGGGUGAAACUGAAUUAAGAGUCUGGGUCAAAUUUAGCUGCUGGGAAAGUGGAAUGGAAUGGAGCAGCGUUGCUGAUGCAGAACACAGUUGGGAAGGGGGGGGCUCUCAGUUCCCAUCCUCCUCCCACAGGACAUUUCUCCUGAGCUCUGCUGGCCUUGUGUCAGCGAGACACAAACACACGUGUGUUGACAUCCCGUCAGGCGUGCUUAUGCAAGAGUUUUAUGGCACACCGCUCUGCAGGCAGCAGGAACUAAACCCCACAGCGUGGGGCAAUAGCUGCCCCAAAACUGCUGCGUUAACAGAGCGGGUAGGAUGGGUUACACCAUGCAGUCAUCGAGUAAGGAAAUCCAGACCCUGACGGCUGUACCGCUUACCUGCAGCAGGCUUUCCCCAGCAGCUGAGGCGCUCUGUGUUUUGCUUGUCAGUGCUCUUGGGCAUCUGCAGCUGUGACAAGCACUAAUGAAUCCAGAAGAUUUUUUUUUUGGAAACAUAACAGGCUGCUGUCUCCUGUUUUAAAACACUCAGCCCAGCCCCGCUGCUAAUCAGCAGCCAGCAGGAAAAACCAAAGGGUAGCGGCUACAGCACACUUGGCAACCUCCCACUUCAGUGCGAGUGGCACCAUCGAGCCCAGACAGGCACUGGGGUUGCUCUCCAAGUGCCUGUAGCGUAGAACAGAACCUUCAGCCUGUUCCAUGGUCUAGGAAAUAAGAGGUUAUGGUGCACCUGGCUUAUUUAUAAUACCUACACGAUAAGACACAUCUGUACCAAAGGAGGUCAUUCUUCCAAAUGUGUCUGUCGUGCGUGGGAGGUAAAGCCCAGUCGGCUCGGCAUGCUGUUUGUGUCAGUAGUGAACUCAUUGAGGGCAGGAACGGAUUAAAACGAAACACGUUAAUCACCAAUCACUCUACCAGUGUUGUCAACUGUUUUUGUUUUUAAUUGUUAUUGUAAUAUAUUUUGGUUGUUUUUCUAAUUUAAUUCUCUCACUAUUGUCUGACUGUGAACUGCGAACAGUGUUAAACUUGAUGUAAAUAAGGCCCUCUGAAGGGCUUCUUUGCCUGUCGUUCCACAAAGUUUUGCCAAUUUGCAUUUUGUUUUAAAUAAAGGUUGCAAUAUUUUAUUGGCAAAAAA